AUGGCUGAAAGAGAUUCACAGAAAAAAACAGACUUUGACAAGAAUAAUCCCUUUCCUCAUAUAUACAAUACAUUCACAGACUGUGAAAUUGCAGCAAUCCAUAUGGCUAUUACAUGCAUGAGCUGUCUGUCUUUAGAAAGAGAGCAGGGAUUAGUCCAGAGAGAGCCAGAAAGCCUUUCAGUUUGCGUAAAUGACUGGUCUCUGAUAUCAGUAAAUAUAAAGCUGCAAAUACUACUUUCCCAGCUAGCCAUCCAUGAGGACCUUCAGGCAAGACAGAAUUUUCAGGAUCUUAAAGGAGAUGCAACUGGGAAAAAUAUGUGCUUAAAGGCAAAACCUCAAAAGAACCUUGAUAAAAGCAUGGGGAAAAUGCUGCAUAAUGUAAACAAGAAGCACACACAUAGAAUGAAGAGACCCCCUGCUGUUAGUGCCCCUUUGAGUGAUCUCAGAAGUGCUUCAUACACUUCAGAAUAUAUUAGUUUUGAGAGAAAUUCAAAUAACAUGGUCUCAGCAUAUGCAGAAAUAGAUUCACAUGUUAGAGACCAGGCGUGUUCUUUCAGUCCUACAUUUUUAUCCCUUGUCCUAAGUGCCUAUCAAGAUUUAAAUACAACCCUCACUAGUUUAAACCCUGAGUGCAUAGAGCUUGACAGAAUAGGCAUAUUAUUUCCUAGACUUCGCAAAGAAAGAAGAAAUUACACGUGUCUAUUUUGCAAGAAAUGCAAAAGAUUAGGCCACCGUGAAAGAGAGUGCCAUACACCGAAUAACUCUGAGGAUCCGCCAGAUGAAGUUAGUCCUAGGUAUAACCCGAAUACCCGCAGGAAUUUCAGAAGAAACCCAUAUUCCAGAAAGAGAAAAUAA